AUGAUGUGCAGAGCCUUCUCAAUAACCCUCUCCGGGUCUGGUCGAAGUUGGUAUCGACACCUUAAAGCAAAGUCAAUCAGCUCUUUCGCAGAGCUCAGCAAAUUAUUUCUUACCCAGUUCAUCUCUGGUAAGAAGAGUCGGAAGCCGACUACCCAUCUGUUUACCCUCAAACAGGGGAACAAGGAGUCACUAAAGGACUUCAUUACCCGCUUCAACGAAGAGGCGUUGCUAGUGGAAGAUUACGAUGACAAAAUGGCACUCUCUACCAUGUCUAGUGGGCUCAGAGAGGGGAAGCUCAUCUUCUUGAUCGGGAAGAAUUCGCCGACCACCUUGGCCGAACUCAUCAACAGGGCUCAGAAAUAUACCAACGCCGAGGAGUUCUCCAACUCCCGCAGGAAUAUCCAAGCAGCUGAGCAGUCGUCUAAAGAGAAGAGACCAAGGAAUAAAGACCUUCAGUCAUCCAACCAGCGAGACAAGCGCAAGUACUGUCGAUUCCAUCGUGACCACUGUCACAAUACGAGCGACCGCAUAGAUCUCAAAGACGAGAUCGAGACUCUCAUCCGUAAUGGUCAUCUGCGACGGUACACUAGGAAAGAGAAGUCGGUUCAGAGAGAAGAGCAACAGAACAAGACUGCCGAAGAGCCUGCAGAAAUCCGUACCAUUUAUGGCAAUUCGUUUGGAGGGGGUGACUCGAAUAGAGCUCGCAAAGCCUAUUCUCAAAGCUCAGAUCCCGAGCACUACGUCCACUUGGUGGAAAAGUCGAGAAAAGAGCCCCAAGCAAACUCCUGUAGUCUAACCUUUACAGAGGAUGACGCACGCGAAAUUCAGCAUCCGCAUGACGAUGCGCUCGUGGUGGCUAUGACUAUAACUAAUCACAAAGUUUACCGUAUCUUGGUCGACACCGGGAGCUCGAUUGACGUCAUUUAUUCUGAGGCGUUCGAGAGAAUGAGAAUCGACAGGUCGAGCCUCCGACCCGUGAAGACUCCCUUGCACGGCUUUGUCGGGGAUCAGCAAACCCUCACAGUUAACGUCCUCGACUUCAAAGCUCCUGCAGAAGACUCCUCCAUGGAGGAGUUGGUGACCGUUGCACUUGAGGAAGCUGAUCCGAGCAGAACGGGUCUACUCGGAUCAUCGUUAAAUUUCGAGCAGCGGUCUCAAAUACUAGCUUUUUCACAGAAGCAUAAAGAUAUUUUUACAUGGUCGCAUGAAGAUAUGCCAGGGAUUUCCCCCGAUGUAAUGGUCUACAAGCUGAAUGUGAAUCCGGAUCAUAGACUAGUGAAACAGAAGAGGAGAGCAUUCAAUGCCGAAAGCUUUCCUCUACCUCGGAUUGAUCUGCUGGAGGAUAGCACAGCUGGGCAUGAACAGCUCUCAUUCCUAGAUGCCUACUCCGGGUAUAAUCAGAUCGCCAUACAUCCUUCAGAUAGGCAGAAGGCGACCUUUGUUACGGAUAAGGGUCUCUACUAUUACCGGGUCAUCCCUUUGACCUGA